AUGGAUUAUUUGUGUCAAAAUGCAGGCCAACAUGUUCCUGCUGGUCAUCCUGAUAAGCAUUUAUUGGCAAGUGAAGGAGCUGAUAAUUAUUUAAUGAAUUUUUAUAUAACACAAAGUUCAAGUACUUAUCGACCACCUGGUAUACGACCAAAAGCGAAUAUACUUGGAGAUAAAUCAUUAACAACAGAAAAUCUUUAUACAAAAAAACUUGUAGAUGAACGAAAGAAAACAGGUUUUGUUAGUAAUGAAAGAUAUUAUUUACCUUAUACACGUUCACUUGAUGAACUUGACAAUCCAAUACUAGGUCGUAUGUGUACAGACAAUUAUGUAACAUCCCAUCAAAUACAUUAUCAACCCUAUGAAUUACCUAAUGGCACAGAAUCACUACCACCAAAUGUUGGUAAUCAAAUAUCAGGAUUUUUUCGUGAACGUGCUGUACACAUUCCUAAUUCAUUUGUCCCACCGAUUGGUGGAAAAGAAGAAACAACUUAUGGUACUGAUUUUAGUAAACCUGCUCAAACUGAACCAAUUAUUAUGGGACAAGUUGGUCCAAAAGAAAGAUCUGGCUUUGUCUCGAAUACUGAAGUUGAACCUUUAACAAGAACAACUGGUGAACGAUGGCAUUAUCGUUCUAGACCAGUUGGUUCUAGUGAAUAUAAAGAUAAAUUUCCACAAUAUGAUUAUCCAAAAGGUGAUGAUCCUUUACUUACCAUUAUUGAGCCUAAUAUAAAACCAACAUGUGAUCGUGUUAUCAAUAAUUUUGUUUUACCUGCUGGUGAAGGUCCUCAUUCUGGAGGUUUAUUUGCUCCUGAUUCAACUGAAUAUCGAAAACACUAUAUUGGUAAACAAUUUUUACCAGAAAAAAUGGGUAAUUUAGAUGUUGGACCUAAAGAAACAACAGGUCCAGUUAGAAAUGAAAAAGGUUUUACUCAACAAUUCGAUGAUCCACGACGUUUUAUUACAACAUAUCAAAUGAAUCAUAUUGAUAUGAAUCCUAAAGGACGUGAUCGUGAAGGUUAUGUCGUUGGUGGUAUACAACAACCGCGCACAAAUGGUUUUACAAAUGAUACAAAAAUAUCAAAUCCAUUCGAUAAUUAUCGUGAUGAACGUCUUACACAUUAUCAUCUUGAUCCAUAUCAAGUCAGGAGUUUACGUGGACGAGAUCCAUUUUUUGAUGAUUCAACACAUGAUAAUAAAGGUCGUCUACAAAAACAAACAGAGUUGUUUUAA